GCUGCUCAGAUCGAGGCUGCUCUUCUCCUGAACGCCGAGCCGCAUUCCAGUCGCGCCACGGAAACGGGAUAUUUUGGCGAGUUUGGGAAUUUAACUAUGACUAGGACAUGCAAUCCAAGGAUCAUUCGAACGUGAGCCCCGGACGAGGAAUUGAGGUGGAUGCUGAAGUCGAUGACUGUUUUGUGAGAAGGCAAGGAAGCGUUGAAUCAGUAAAGCCUGUGCUGCCUCCCUUCCUUGUUUGUUGAGUUUGCUUAAAGGCCCCCAAUUGAAGACAUAGCGUGGACCACCAUAUCCAUCACUUGUGAGGGCCAGCGCAGACAUGAGGCCUCAGCAGGGGCCGCAAUGCUUUAUUAGCCCAAGGACUGUAGUGCUCCUUGGGCUUCUGACUGUCUGCAUAUCCCCACACCUUUCUGAAGGAUCCCCAGAGCCAUUUAGGUCCUUCUUGCCUCCUGAAUGGGGUCUAACGCAUUUAGCCAUCCAUAACAAUACAGGGGAUGUGUAUGUUGGCGCGGUAAACUGGAUCUACAAGCUUUCUAGCAACUUGACCAUGUUGAGGAGUCAUAUGACGGGUCCCGUAGUGGACAAUGAGAAAUGCUAUCCACCUCCAAGUGUACAGGUAUGCCCCCAUGACCUUGCCCCAAAUAGUAAUGUGAACAAGCUUCUGCUAAUAGACUAUGCUCAAAACCGACUCAUUGCUUGUGGAAGCACCUCGCAAGGCAUCUGUCAGUUUCUGCGCCUGGACGACCUUUUCAAGCUUGGCGAGCCACACCACCGUAAGGAACACUACCUCUCCAGUGUCGUCGAGUCGGGAACCAUGUCCGGGGUCAUCAUCUCUGAGGGUCAUAUCAGCAAGCUUUUCAUUGGAACUCCCAUCGAUGGUAAAUCAGAGUACUUCCCAACUCUUUCGAGCCGCAAGUUGAUGGCCAAUGAGGAGGAUGCUGACAUGUUCAGCUUUGUCCACCAGGAUGAGUUUGUCUCCUCCCAGCUGAAGAUUCCAUCGGAUACGCUGUCCAAAUUCCCGACAUUCGACAUCUACUACAUAUACAGCUUUAGCAGUGAGCAGUUUGUCUACUACUUGACCUUGCAGCUGGAUACCCAACUUACUUCUCCUGAUGCCAGUGGGGAACAGUUUUUCACCUCGAAGAUCGUCCGACUUUGUAUCGAUGAUCCCAGGUUCUACUCCUACGUAGAGUUCCCAAUCGGAUGCACCAAAGACGGCGUAGAGUAUCGACUGAUCCAGGAUGCCUACUUGGCCAAACCCGGAAGGCAACUUGCAAACUCCUUGGGAGUGUCCGAGCAAGAGGACAUAUUGUUUACGGUCUUCUCCCAAGGGCAGAAGAAUCGGGCCAAACCCCCAAAAGAGUCGGCACUCUGCCUGUUCACGCUGACGAAAAUAAAGGAGAAGAUCAAGGAAAGAAUUCAGUCAUGCUAUAGAGGAGAGGGCAGGCUGUCUUUGCCCUGGCUACUCAACAAGGAGCUACCAUGCAUCAACUCGCCUCUCCAGAUCGACGAUAACUUCUGCGGGCAGGAUUUUAACCAGCCUCUAGGGGGCACCAGCACUAUCGAGGGCAUUCCGCUCUUCAUAGACAAAGAUGACGGAAUGACUUCGGUAGCUGCUUAUGAUUACCGCGGAAACACGGUGGUUUUCGCAGGAACACGCAACGGCCGAAUGAAGAAGAUUCUGGUCAAAUCAACAACAGAUGGACGAGCCAACUGGGCCUGGAUGAGAGUGUGA